AUGGAAAAAUUCUGGCUUACUGAAAAAAUACCGGAUCAGGUUUCUUCUAAGGUACAGACUGAGUUACAAGAGGCUGAGGCUAUUUUUAACGCUUUCUCUAAAGCCUUUGGUUGCUGUCUCUACGUACGUAUUGUAAAACCAGAUGGAAAUGUGGUGGUCAAUCUCCUAUGUUCAAAAUCACGUAUUGCACCUCUAUCAAACGUACUUACCAUACCCCACUUAGAGUUAAACGGUGCACUCCUUCUUGCCCAGUUGGCAAACAGGGUAACUAAGGUACUCAAUUUUAGAUUUCCACAUUGUGUGGUUUUAUACAGUGACUCCCAAAUUGUUCUUGCUUGGAUAGAGAACGGCAGAGCCAAAGAUUGGGCUAGUGAUUCGCUAGAUAGUAAGUCUCCAACUGGUAUAGUAAUUAGAGUUAAUGGUAAUCCUGUGUAUUGGGAAACAAUAAAACAAAAGACUGUAUCUCGUUCAUCUACUCAUGCAGAGUGUUACGCUUUAGCAGAUGCUGCUGAAGAAGUUUUAUAUAUAAAAGGAAUUUUGUCUGAUUUGAGAGAUAAUGAAGAGUAUCUUUGUAACGUAAAAAUUUUUGAAGAUAAUAGUGGAGCACUUGCUUUAGCCAAGAAUGGUAAUUUUACAAAACGAUCAAAACAUAUCGAUGUGGCACUUCAUUUUGUACAUGAUUUGGUUGUCGAUGAUAAAAUUGAUAUUGUUAAAACUGAAAGUAAUAAUAAUAUUGCAGAUAUGUUAACCAAGGCUCUUGGCCAAAUUAAAUUUAAGGAGUUCCGUUUAAAGUUAAAUGUAUAUUAG